GCCCGGGCUUAAGCCGCGCCCGGCUGAGGCUGAAGAUGUCCGGGCAUUUCUCUGACACAAGCAGCAAGAAAGAAAAUGUUAAAAUCACAAGUGAGCCCAAGCCAGGGUUUCUGGAGAGACUCAGUGACACUGCUGGAGGGAUGCUAAUUGGACUUGCGGCAUUUUCUCUCUCUUUCUACCUUCUUUUUACCAAUGAGGGACGAGCUUUGAAGACAGCCACUUCCCUUGAUGAGGGGCUUUCUCUCGUGGUCCCUCUUGACAAUAUUCACAGCGUGUUUCAACAGAAUGAGGGAAAACUAGUGCACUUGUCAGGUGCCCUUAGAACAUCAAAGCCUUUGUUUGAUCCCAGCUAUGGGCUCUCCAUCCAGGCUGUCAAACUGAAACGUCAGGUUGAAAUGUAUCAAUGGGUAGAAUAUGAAGACUCCAAAGAAUAUGAGGAGAAUGGCGAAGUUAAGAAAGAAACAAGAUAUUCUUAUACGGACACUGAAUGGAAAUCAGAAGUUGUGAACAGCAGAAACUUUGAUCGAGAGAUUGGCCAUAAAAACCCCAGUGCCAUGGCUGUGGUAUCUUUCACUGCAAUUGCUCCUGACGUCCAGGUGGGCAGUUUCUUUCUUUCAAAAGGUCUUGUUGAGAAAAUUGACAGUUUUAAGCAGAUGAGCCUGUCGAAAUUGGAGGAUCCGCAUGCUGACAUUACUCGAAGAGGAGAUUACUUUUAUCACAGCGAGAAUCCCGGGCGUCCAGAAGUGGGAGACCUUCGUGUUUCAUUCUUCUAUGCGGGUCUGAGUGGAGACAAGUCCCACCGGGGCCCAGCAGAUGUGGUGACCGUGAUUGCUCGUCAGCGAGGGGACCAGUUGGUUUCGUACCAAACCAAGUCUGGAGACAUUCUGCAGAUUCUUUAUCCUGGCGAUCUCUCUGCUGAGGAGGUGUUUCAAAAAGAGCAUGAAAGUAACACCAUGAAGACCUGGGGUCUCCGUGCAGCUGGCUGGCUGGCGAUGUUUGUAGGCAUCAACCUUAUGACCAGAAUCCUUUACACUUUGGUGGAUUGGUUUCCUGUUGUUCGAGAUCUGGUUAAUAUUGGACUUAAAGCUUUUGCUUUUUGUAUAGCCACCUCACUCUCCCUGCUAACUAUUUCUGUGGGGUGGCUCUUCUACCGCCCACUAUGGGCUCUACUGAUUGGGUUGCUGUCUGCCGUUCCUAUUGUGAUUGCAAAAUCCCGGGUUCCACCAAAGAAGCAUCAGUGAAGAUGGAAGAAUUCCUUUUUUUCCCUUGCACUUGGAUCCUGUUUUUUUAAUCCUUUGAAGCCCAGUGCAUUUAUCAUGUUUCAAGCUAUUACAACAUGCUUAAGGCACAUUACAGUUCAGAAUCUUGACUCCCUGCACCAGAGAGUCCAGUAGAAGACCAAGAUGCAGUUUUUUUUAUGCUUAUUAUACAUCCAUGAGAAAAUGUAACUGUAGAAGCUGCAGUUUGGAGUGGGUGAUAUUCUGUGUAUUUAGAGGAGGAAACAGCAUUUGUUACUUAAUUAUUUGCCAAUCCUUACUUGUUAAAAGAACAAUGGUGUGUGCUAUUUACACGGAAAUAGGGACAGAUUUAAUUAAGCAAUCCAUGAUGUGCAAUCUCUAGCAGAUUUUGUGUGCCUGCCUCAUUUAACUAUUCCCUCUAUUUUCUUAUGUACACAGAGAAAUAUACUUACGUUGACAAUGUUUUGAAAUGCGUGUUCAUAGACAAAAUGCUGCUUGCAUCUGAGUGAAAGCUGUGUUAUGUAUUUAAUUUGUUUUCAGUAGUUAGAAAGCCAUGUAUAAUGUGUAAGGUUUUCAAAAGUAAUUAGUGAUUUUGGCUGCUCAGGCCCCUUUAAAACAUAACAAGUCGAUUUUCAGAAAGCCU